UAGAGACUGGAUACCGCUAUAUGGUCCCUUUUCGUUCGUUGCUGAAAGAAAGAAAACAAAGGAGAAUAUCUCCUCCAUGUUCUUAUCAGCAACAAUGUCGAAUUCCACCUCCAUCUCCGAAGAAGCGAGUGUUUCCUGUGAGACCAAAGUGCUCUAUGACCGCUUCAGCUUGAGCUCUUUGCUUACAUCCCAACAGCAAAACCAGCAAUUGCCACCGCCGAAGGCCAAGAAGAAGAGAAAUCAACCAGGGAAUCCAGACCCAGACGCUGAAGUCGUGGCCUUGUCACCAAAAACACUGAUGGCCACCAAUAGGUUCAUUUGUGAGAUAUGUAACAAGGGUUUCCAAAGGGAUCAGAACCUGCAGCUGCACAGGAGGGGACACAACCUGCCUUGGAAGCUGAGGCAGAGAGGCAGCAAGGAAGGAACUACAAGGAAGAGGGUGUACGUGUGCCCAGACCCGUCCUGUGUGCAUCACCAUCCUUCUAGGGCUCUCGGAGACCUUACAGGGAUCAAGAAGCACUUCUCCAGGAAACACGGAGAGAAGAAGUGGAAAUGCGACAAGUGCUCAAAGAGAUACGCCGUGCACUCCGAUUGGAAAGCCCAUGUGAAGGCGUGUGGAACAAGGGAGUACAGAUGCGACUGCGGCACUCUCUUCGCAAGGAAGGAUAGCUUCAUCACGCACCGGGCCUUCUGCGACGCCUUAGCUGAAGAAAGUUCACGACUCAUGGCCGCCUCCGCCGCCGCAACCACAUUCCCUCCACUUCACCACCCUCAUCAUUUCCUCGCCUCCUCUUCCUCCUACUGGGAUCCCUUCUCAGCUUCUAACCAUAACUUCAUAGUUAACCCCACCCCAGACUGCACUCAGUUAGGAUCAGGUAACUUGGAGCUCAAGCCUGAACUUAACUUUCCCAAUUCUCUCCUCCACCACCUUCCCCCCACCGGAACCGCCUCAUCACCUCAUCUCUCUGCCACUGAGCUACUCCAGAGGGCCACAGCUAUGGGUUCUAUAAAUAUCAGAAACGCCUUAAGUGGCCUGGCUUACAGUCCGGGUGCAACCGGCGGCAUUUACGACGACCUCACGAUGUGGCAAAAAGCCGGCGAUCGUUGGACCAGGGACUUCCUCGGUGUAGCAGCCGGAGAGGCUCCCGGAAAUGAAUUACUAAUGGAUUUGGUGACUGCUUCGCCGGUGAGGGACCAGAGCAAGCAAAUCUCCAUGUUGCCCCCGGUGACCGGGACAUGGAACUGAUCAGUCUACGUAUUAAUUAAUCCAUGUCUAAUUAGUUUUCUUUACAAUUUCUAUCAUGAAUGUCGAAUUGCCUCCCCCUCAAUAAUCACUACCACCAUGCAUGAAUGUGGGUUUAAUUCAUUAUUUCAAUUCAGUGGGUUGAUGUAAGAAAGAGGAACGUGGAACGGAGAGCCAAAAUGCUCUUGAAUUGUCCCGUCGCACAAAGCAUUAGAAAUGGUGGCAAAUGCGCAAGAGAAAAAGAGUGCAGACUAAAGAACA